UCCAGAUCUUUGGGACCUCAUCUUUGGGACCCCUUCUAAUCCAGAUUAGAAGGGGUUGUAGGGGGAAGUUGGGGGCAACCAGGGGCAACCAGGAGUAGCCAGCGACAACGUCCCCGAGAGAUAGAAAAGUUGGGCCAAGGUGGUUAAGGACUAGCAUUCAGUCCAGGGAGUCCAAGAAAGUGCAAGGGCGAGACAGCAUUUGAAAAAUAUAUUUUCAGUGGAGAAAAAAAAGGGAAAAGAGGGAGAGACUUCCUAAACCAGGAAACUGGAAUUAGAACGCCGGAACGUGCUGUGAAGGAAGCCACAAAACCACAGUAAGUAAAUUAGGAGGCUGGAAAAAUGUCUUAGAACGGAGUCAGAGGUUGUGGGAGGGUGUAGGAAAGGGCGGCAGUGGGUAGUGGUCUGUGGUCUGGUGAGUGCUUUAUAUACUGUACCUUAAUGAAUUGAUUUCCUGUCCCUCUGCCUUUCUCAUUUCAUCACUCUCUCGGGCCUCGCCUCCUGCCUGACAACUUUUUGCCAUUAUUUAACCUCUCUCCCGCCUCCUGUCCUUUGCUGCUGGACUGCAGGUCAUCAUGCCUGUUAAUGGGAACCGGCCCUUAAAGCUGCAGUUUGGCCUCAUCAAUUAUGAGGGCCGCUACCUGACUGCAGAGGCCUUCGGCUUCAAGGUGAACGCCUCGGCGCCCAGCCUGAAGAAGAAGCAGAUCUGGACCCUGGAGCAGGAGUCCCACGACGGGCAGGUGGUCUACCUGCGCAGCCACCUGGGCCGCUACCUGGCCUCGGACCAGGACGGCCGCGUGACCUGCGAGGCCGACGGGCGCAACGCCGACUGCCGCUUCCUGGUCGUGGCGCGCUCCGACGGCCGCUGGGCACUGCAGUCGGAGCAGCACCUGCGCUUCUUCGGCGGCUCCCGCGACUACCUGUCCUGCUUCGCCCAGGCCAUCACGGACGCCGAGCUGUGGGCGCUCCACCUGGCGCUCCACCCGCAGGUCAACCUGCUCUCCGUGGCCCGCAAGCGCUACGCCCACCUGGCGACGGAGGACGGCGAGGUGGCGGUGGACCGCAACAUCCCGUGGGGCGUGGAGGCCCUGCUGAUCAUGGUGUACCGGGACGGCGGCUACGGCCUCAAGACCAGCGACGGCCGCUUCCUGGGCAACGACGGGAAGCUGGUGGCGCUGAGCGGCAAGGCCACGGCGUACACGCUGGAGCUGAAGUGCGGCAAGCUGGCGUUUAAGGACUGCGAGGGGAAGUACCUGUCGCCCAUGGGCCCCACCGGCACCCUGAGGUCCGGGCGGUGCUCCAAGCCGGGGAAGGACGAGCUGUUUGACCUGGAGGAGAGCCACCCGCAGGUGGUGCUGAUGGCGGCCAAUCGGCGAUACGUGUCCAUCAGGCAAGGAGUCAGCCUGUCUGCCAAUCAGGAAGACGAGACGGACAUGGAGACGUUCCAGAUGGAGAUCGACAGGGAGACGAAGAAGUGCAUCUUCCGGACCAGUCAGGGGAACUACUGGGCCCUGGUGGCCCACGGAGGCAUACAGACCACUGCCACCGACAUAUCAGCCGACACCAUGUUCACACUGGAGUGGCUGGGUAACAGAAUGGCGCUACGAGCCAACAACGGUAAAUACGUCUGUACCAAGAAGAAUGGCCAGCUGCUAGCCGUUAGCGACUCUAUUGGCGAAGACGAGCAGUUCAAUCUGAAGUUGAUCAAUCGACCAAUGCUGAUCCUCAAAGGAGAGAACGGCUACAUCUGCCACCACAAGUCUUCCAACACGCUGGACGCCAGUCGAUCUGUCUACGACAUCUUCACCUUAAGCUUCAACGACGGAGCGUACCACAUCAAAGGCGUGACCGGGCGGUUCUGGUACGUGAACAGCGCCGGGCUGGUGUGCUCCGACGGAGAGACCCCGGAGGACUUCACCCUGGAGUUCCCGGAGCACGGGCGCAUCGCCGUCCGCGGCAAGAACGGCAGAUACCUCCGCGGGGACCAAGGGGGCACCCUCAAGGGCGACGGACUCAGCGCCAACAGCUCGGCCCUGUGGGAGUACUGAUCCCGGACCCCUGCCCCCAACACCCCCCCCCCGCCACCAACGCUGCUCCUUCUGGUUCUGCAAGGGGCCAGGUGAACCAUCUACGCGCUCCUGCCCCCUUUAAGGAAUAAUAACACUCCCAACAGCCUCGAGUUAAUCUGGACCUGUAGGAUAGGCCGGCCGCCUGAGGUCUCUUGUUCACCCUUGGGUGCAGCUCCGGUCUUUGGAGUCUAAAAGGCAGAGCAGUGUUUAAAAGGGUCAUUUGAAAAGGUCCUGAGCUUACGCCCCACCGAUGAUAAAAAUCCUGAUCCAUCCAAGUGUCCACGUAAUAAAUCAUCUACAUACAUGUAUGGUGUUGUUUAGGGGGGGGGGGGGGGUUAGCAUUAAAGUGUGGAAUCCCAUUACAGAGAACUCUCUUGACUAUUUAGUCAUUUAGCAGACUCUUCUUCCACUGAAGUGUUUUAGAUACAGGACAUCCACGAGCAGGGUGAGGCGUUUCUCUAGGGAUGCUUACAAGUUGACUGCGGGCAUCGGGGAUUGACCUCAGAACGUUUCGUCUGGGACUAGAACACUCUCCCUAUAUGGGUUCAUUAGUUGGGGAAUUGACUUUACUCCAACAUGGACCUAAAUGAAGAGAGGUGGUGUUGAAAGUGUGCACUCUGGAGUUGCUAACGCAAUAUUUCUACAUAUUCAUUCCUGAAAUGUUGUAAUAUUGACAUUGGUCAAUAAUUCUUACUGAUUGACCCGACACAAUAAGCCCGAAUUCACUUAGCUACUGUAUCUCACUAUCUCUCAUGAGGGAAAACUCAGUAUGUGUGUGUGCCCCUCUGAUAACUCCAUCCUUUUGCAUGAAUAAUAAUCAAUCGACAUGGAAAAUAAGUCCUUUAUAGAGGAUCUCUGAAACCCCCUGCAAGCCUUAGUGGGUUAGUGCAUGAAACAGUGGAAGCAGACAAAAGCAAAUGAUUGCGGUUCCACCGAUUGACUGAGGAAGUGGAUUGCUUUUGAAAGGUCAGCUCCAUUCCGCUGUGUUUCAGGUCACAUAUCAGCCUGUUUCGUGUCAUUGGUGUGGCAGCGCUGACAGAGGACACCCCUGUCAGCAGGAGUGUGUGCAUUUCCAGGACAUACUCCCCUCCGAGCUGGGUUAUGGUUCAUGUCUUGGACUGUAGCCAUAGUGACAGAUUCAUAUAGAUAUGCAGAACAGGGCUCACCUUCACGCCUGCUGCAUACGUUUUCUGGAUCUAUUCUUGUCAUUUAGUGUUUUAUUUUCUUUUGGAACGGUAGUGCAGAAACAAUUUUUAAGUGUUGAUAUUCAAUCUUUUAUUGUUAAAUGCUAUAAAUGGUAUUGAAAUCAUAUUUUAGAUUCCGUUGUGUUUUAGAACGCUUGAGACCUACAUAAAAAACAUGAAAUACAAAAAAAAUGUAUUUCAUAGACAGUUCAUUUUGUGAAAAUAUAAAUGAUGAAAUGUA